ACACUGACGACAGCAGAACGCGACAGAUUGAAUAAGAUUGACCAAACACUUGUGGGUUGCUGUUUCUUUUACAUCACAACCAGAUAGCAAUAUCGAAGUACUACACUAGUGAUGGAAGUGAGGCCGUAAACUAUUCCGAAACGCAAGCCGCCUCUUCUGAGCUCUGCUACAUUCUAUGCAACAUUACAUCUCGCAGUGAAAUACUGCCUUGGAUCGUAACCAUGACUUUGAGCAUGGACAUCAGCGUUUCUUUUCUCAAGUGCGAACUCGCAUCUACUAUCGACCAGGCGGUAAGAAGCGCCGUGGAAGCGGUUUUAAAAGAAACGGCCCGAGUUGUUGGCAUAAAGCUGGCCGCGGCUCGAAACGCAGCCGCAGAGUCUCACCGAGAGAACCAGAGCCUGCGCGAGAGACUGGAGAUCUCCGAGAGCGAGCUGAAAGCAGUGCGCUACUACAUGACCGCGGCUGAAAAGAACAUCAAACAGUGUUUACUUCUCAACAGAAACCAGCCUGGGUCAAAUAUCAUGCGCACAAACGCAGAAGACGCUCUUUUUGUGAUUCCGUCACGCGCUGCGGACGGAAGCCCCAUAUUACAGGCGCAAAACAGAGAUUCCUCUCGCAAGAGCUUCCGAAACUCACCGGGAAGAAUCCACAAUCCCAAAAAUCUCCCUAGUGUCGGCCUCUGUCUCCCCACGGUGCAGUCAGACUGGCCUCGGGAGUGCGUCAACCGCAGAGAGGCAAGAGGAGGGUCCUCAAGAGGCAACAGUUCAGCACUCGCGAGUGACCCCACGACCUCACAGACUCUUGUGGAAAACAAUCCUGCUCCCUUCAAACCAGAAGAUGAGCCAGAGGGCCCAUUUUACACCACGAAUGAGGGUGAAAUAGACAACAGUUCUGCAGUAACAGACAGUGAGAGGAGACAUGAGGAACCAGAAAAUCCAGACCACUUCGCAAACCCACCAGAGCAUCCAUCUGACAUGAGCAAGUUUGAGUUUGAAAUGAGCACGCCAGCUGGGAAUGUUAAUGAGCUGGAGCUGAUACAGGUGAUGGAGGACUCUGAUGAAGUCAAACAGGGCACCAUUAAAAUUGAAGAUGAUCCUGAUUCCCUUACAUUAGAGCCUCCUUCAUCAAAUCUAGCGGUAGCAUCUUCAUCCAACUCCAUGCAAGAGUUAGCGCAAAUCUCCUCACCUUCGAUGCGGGAGACUGAUGGUGAUGCUUUGCUGGCCUUGGCUGCACAUGUUAGUAGUGACUCCGGCUUCAGCAGGACUAUCGAGAGCCCUGAUAAAGUGCACCGCUGUAACAUUUGUGGCCGGGGGUUCAGACGUUUCUACUGCUUGAAAACGCACCAGCGCAUACACACAGGUGAGCGGCCGUAUCCUUGCAGAUAUUGCGAGAAGCGAUUCCGCCAUUUGGACAGCUUACACAAGCACCAGCGCAUUCACACAGGAGAGAGACCGUACCGCUGUGCUGAGUGUGGAUGCUGCUUCAGAGAACUCGGUCAGCUCAAAAAGCACAGACUCAAACACUCUCCUACAUUUGUUCCGGUGACCAAUCCCACCUUCCCUCUCCUCCCAGCCGGACCCUCCUAUGUCUGGCCACAUCUCAGCACACAGUCUUUGGAUUCAGUCUAGGCAUGUGAUGGUGUUUUUAAAGCAUGGUAAUUGUGGUGACUGGUACGGUAUUAUCUGUUGGUUUUCAGUGAUGUUACAAAAACAGGUUGAAAAGAUAAACAAACUUGUCCUCUUAAAUCUUCUCAAAUCAGGGACAUUAAAAAUAUAAUAAAACAACAACAAACAAUUAUAAAGUAAACAUGUUUCAAACUGAUUAAAGUACAAAAGAGCACAACUACAAGGGACAAUAAAAACAAAUUAAAAGAUUUUUAAUCAUUAUCCAGAAUUAUUUUCUGGGCGGGUGUUUUAGUCAAGAUUAAAAUGGAUUAUAACCACUGUAUUUCUGCUUUUCUGUAAGUGCCACAUACUGUCAGAGCAUGAAUUUGCAUUUCCAUUUGGCCUUGCUGUUUUUCUCAAAACUUAAGAUCAAAGUGAAAAUCUGAUUUAUUUUAUAUGCAGCAUACAUGUCAUGCAGUGUCAUACAUUUUAACUGGUUGAUGGAAAAUAAGCUAAUGUGCAGUCUAAAAGUCUUUACAAUUUGUGUAUGGUUACAAUACUGUAUGUUCAUUACCACAAUGUACCGUGUUACCAAAUACCAGCACAUGUCUAAUUCAGUAAAAGGCCUAGUGAAGAGAAGACAUUUUAUGAGAAUAUGUUGUGGCACAUAACACACCACAGAUAAAGUUUGUUCAGCAACAGUUUGGUCCAAAAAAAUUGGAGGUAUAUUGGAAGAUAUAUGUUUGCCUGAUUGUGUAAACAGUUUGUCCAUCACACACACACAAUUCAUUUAGAUUCAUAUGUACAAAAUACAUCAUCCACAGUGCAGCGUAACUGUAACUAUAAUGAGUCGUUUUCAUGCAUAAAAACAACAAUGCAAGUGUUACGGUGCAAAACAUUUAAAUGGGUUCCAGCUAUGAUUAAACUUUCACAAUAAGGCAUUUUUCUGGUCUUCAGACUUGAUUUAACUUUGAUCAUCACACCAUCCUGUGCAUCCUGCACAAAUCAGAACUGAAACUAAUUAUUUUUGCACUUCAGAUAUUUUAAAUGCAUCAGUAUAAAUUAAAUCCUGACAAAUAAAGGCAGAACGUACCACACCCAUGCCAAGAUUUUAUACACUGCUUCUUUUCUGCAUUUUAAGUGGGCCUGCAUAGUGUGCUUGAUGCAACCUAGAAUUAAGAAAUAGGUAUGUGUGGUGCUUGGUUUAAUAUCAGAUCAAAUGUUUGAC